CGGAACACUUUUGGCUGUGAGCCCCAUCCCCGACGUCCCGGAUUCGUCAGACGCCAGCCUGUCCCGCGUGGUGCUCGUUGCCAUGGUGAUCGCGGCCACUGGCCCCUCCGGACUAGGCAGCGUCAGGAGCUUCUGCAGCCGCCGCAGGACUCCCUGGAAGGAUGAGGUCCUCUGUGAUGCCUUUGGGGCCCACUGUGAGCCAGGACCGCGUCAUCACCAGCUUCCCUAAGUGGUACACGCCCGCCGCCUGCCUGCAACUCCGGGAGCACUUCCACGGGCAGGUCAGCGCCGCCUGCCAGCACAGGAAUACGGGGACCGUCGGGCUCAAACUCUCCAAGGUGGUUGUGGUCGGCGACCUCUACGUGGGCAAGACCAGCCUCAUCCACAGGUUCUGCAAGAAUGUUUUCGACCGUGACUACAAGGCCACCAUCGGGGUGGACUUUGAGAUGGAGCGCUUUGAGGUCGCCGGGAUCCCCUUCAGCCUCCAGAUCUGGGACACAGCAGGACAGGAGAAGUUCAAGUGCAUCGCGUCUGCCUACUACCGGGGUGCCCAGGUGAUCAUCACGGCCUUUGACCUCACUGACAUGCAGACCCUGGAGCACACCAGGCAAUGGCUGGAGGACGCGCUGAGGGAGAAUGAACCAGGCGCCUGCUUCCUGUUCCUCGUGGGGACCAAGAAGGACCUUCUGUCAGGGGCCGCGUGCAAGCAGGCGGAGGCGGAGGCCGUGCGCCUGGCCAACGAGAUGCAGGCCGAGUACUGGUCCGUGUCAGCCAAGACCGGGGAGAACGUGAAGGCGUUUUUCAGCCGCGUGGCCGCCCUGGCCUUUGAGCACUCGGUGCUGCAGGACCUGGAGCGGAGGAGCAGUGCCCGGCCGCAGGUCGGCGACGGGGACAUCAUCCGUACGUGCAGGGAUGGAGGGACACCCACCCAAGACCCAGGACAGCAAGAGGCCCUCCAGCCCAGGUUGCUGUUAGCUGAGCCUGCGUCAGAGGCCUCCACUGCCUGCAUGCGUGUGGGCAGUGCCUCCAGUGACCUGGAGGGUGACAUGGAACACCCACCGUGCUGAGCCCCAGGGCUCCGCCUCUUCUCUUUAGCGGGUCGGGAGCCAGGGAAGGCCCCCAGUGGCUGCCCAGCUGGCGGGGGCACUGAGGCUGUCAUCUGGAAGGCCAGUUGCACUUACAGAGUCACCCGACAGCCCCCGGCCCCGGGAGGCUCAGCACCACAGGCACAGACACGUGCCCCCAGGCCCACGGCGCUCGCCCUGGGCACAGUCAAGAUCCCCUCGGGCCAAUUCCCCACUUUCCUGGGUCUGCCUCGGAAUCCUCCUCAUCUCGGUGGUCCAGGCGAGCGGGACUUACUGAAGUCAAGGCUCCCUGUCUGCUGCAACCCGGAUCGGGCAGGAGCACCCAGGCCUCCCCUCCCCAGCUCCCGCCCAGAGCACCCAGCCCUCUCCAUGCCCUCGUGUUGCUCCUCCUCAGGGGCUACUGAGCCCCCACCCACCCCACUCUCCCCAGCCCUGGGUGUGUGCCCCCCAGUCCUGCCCUCCAUGGCCAUAGGCAGGUGGCACGUCUGGCUCCCGCCUGUUUCUCGGAGAUGGUGAGCAUUUCUCGGGCAGCCAGGUGGUUAGCUGCCGGGAGACUCGGCAGCUUCUGUUCAUUCCCCCUUCACCACACUUUUAGCUCUCCUUUUUUAUAGAUAGAAGAUACUUCUUUAUAUAAAUCACUCCUAAAGGAAUGGCAUAUGUGCUUAUUGUGAAACGAGACAGCACAGAGCUCUGCAUGCAGUGACAGUCCCUGCGGUCCCGGACGUAAGCCUCGUCUGCAGCGGGUAGGACUCCUGUUCCUACACAGCACGGCCACGACCUCGGCGCCUUGUUUGCUGUUAAACCAGAGUGACCUCUCCCCACGCCCACAGGGCAGGCCGCAUUCCGAGGAACUGCCAGAGCGAGCCUGCGUGUCCCUUUAGCAGCUGCAGGUUUGCCUUCAUGCAGAUGGGCCAGAGUCCAUUCACCCUGCCCGGCCGUGGGACAGUUGGCUUGUGUCCAGCUUUUAGCUUUUUUUUAACUGAAGUGACCAUCCUCAUAGUUAUAGCUUUGCACACUCGGGAUUCCCCACAGAGGCCUUGCUGGGCCUUCGGUGGGCUGGCCCACCAGACCCAGUUUUGAGGGGCAGGCUGUCUCAGGGGGCACCGGGACCGGGUUUGGGGCACACCACAGACAGCGUCAGGAUGGCAGACUCUGGUCAGGUGGGCUGGCACCCCCCCGGCUCCGUCCCCCACCCCUCUAGGCUCCAGGACCGGGGGGGCGGUAAUGCACCCUGCUGUCACUAGCCCCCGAGCCAGGACCACUGUCUCAUGUGCACCCACCCCUCCAAAUGGCCCUUCGUGAAACUCUCCUCCUGUUGCCCUGUGUGUGCCCAACUGUUCGGUGUUUCUUCUGAAGUGGCAGAGCCACUUUGCUGUGGUUCCACUGAUACCACGAGUCCACAGAGGCAUCCUCUACAAGCACUUAAAUUUCUGGGGCGGAGACCCAGGGCCUCAUGCGAGAGCGUCAGAGCCAUCCCGGGCCCCUUCCCCUCCUUCGCUUCUCUCACCCCGGCACUCGAGGCCCCUCAGUGGCCGCCCCAGCCCACCCUGCAGGCCCCUGUGCUCCAGCCUUCACCCGUGAUCACUAGUCUUUGCAGGUGCCAGGCCUCUUCUGUGCCCGGCAGCUCAGGCACCCCUUCUCUGGGAGGACUUCCUGGAGCCCGCAUGGCUCCCGCAGCACUUGUUACUUCUGGGUGUGGUGUCCAUGUUUGGGCUUCUCCCCCAGCCCCCCCUCCACCACCUUGUGGGACCCUAAGAGCCAGGGCAGCAACCCUGUGACCUCAUCUCCCCAGCAUCUCCUAGACAAAAGGCCCCCAGCAGGUGCUCACCUAGAUGUAGUAGGGAGACAGGAAUCCCGCUGAGUCUCCCAGCAGACACAUUCACUCUCACCAAGAUGCCUCUUCUUGAACCUCCUGGGGACAGUCCUGUGCUUGGCCCUCCUCGGUGGCCAGAGGCGGAUGUGCCCACUGCUCACUCAGAGGCUCCUGAAGUCAGGCAGCAGCCAGUGAGGGCUGUAGGGGCUCAAGCAUAAGGUCUGUUCCUGGGAGGAGCUUGGUGAGAGCCAGACACAGAAGAUUCCAGGGAAAGCCGUGCAGGCCUGGGGAAGGAGUCGCAUGCAGGCACCACCACUGCCUCCAGCCCACUGGAGGUGGGAAUUCUGGCCCAUAGCAGGGGCCACCCAGGAAUAGGGCCAUCCAGCCUCUUGGGGGAGUAGCCAGAACCCCCAUUUACUGAGCACUCAGUGGAGGGGGAAGAAGCCCCUUUCAUCCCAGUGACCCUGUGGGCUGGGUAUCAGGACCUCCUGUCCCCUCCCUGACUGGAGAGGAGCCUGAGCACAGAGCCCAGGUGACAGGAUGCAGCUGAGCACUUCUCCUCCGCAUUCCUGGUCCCUCCUCUGUCUCCGCCUCCCACGCCAGCUUGCAGUCUGAUCCCAGCGGGAAUCCCACUCCAGGUCCCACACCUGGUCCUCCUCAGGGUCCACAGCAGCGCUAAUGAGCUAAUCAGUCGCUCCCCAUCACACCCUGCUCCCUGAGCCCCGUGAUUUUAGUCGGUCCUUCCCCAGCCCCACAGCCACGGGACCAGUCUCUGUAGUGACCCAGAGCAGGGUGGGGGUCUCGGCCUCCUGGCAAGCGGGAGCCUCCCCCUUCCCCGACACUGCUGUGACCUCUGGAGGGAACGGGGGGCCUCGGAUCCACCCAAUGCCCACUUCGGCCUGACGAUGGGAUGGGAGCCACUCCCAGAGGGACUGCGCUCUCCUGAGGGACCCGGGCAGCCUAAGCUGGACACCUGAGGUCACCUGAGAUGUAGGUAAUGGAGCAUGGUGAUGGGCAGGGGACCUGCUCCACUCACACUCUCACACAGGUAAGAACCUGGGAGAGGCCAGGGUGACAGGCGUUCCUGGCCUGGGGACUACA